AUGAGGGAAUUGGUUGAUAUGAAAAAUUUUGAAAUUGGGAUUGUGAUUGCAUUGUCGGAAAUUGGCCAAAAAUGGGAGCAUAGCACGCGCGUUAUACUCGAACUUUCCGGUGUUGGCUUUUCUUCAAUCUGCCCAAAAAACCCUGUCAAGCUUAUGGAUGCUAAGAGCGGGCGGGUUCGUGAUGUGUCGGCUGUUGGCCAGCAAGAAACCUCGGAGAAUGUUUCUCAAGUUGAGAGCUUGAAUCAACGUGUGGAUGAAAUAUUUAUUGAAGUUGACAAGCUAGAGAAGAAAGUUAAUGAGAUCGAACAAUUUUAUUCCAAUUCAAACCCAAAGAAUUCUAACACUCUAAGAAGUGGCCCAACUUUGAAGGACAAAGACAUGGAGAAGCUUUCUGCAAACUUUAGUAAGAGGCAGCAAGAUUUAGCACGUAAGCAAGCAGAUGCUGCUAGGAGAAAGCAAGAUCUCAUGAACCAGUUUGAGAGUAUAUUGCUUAAGAUGACUCAACUCAAGUGGGCAGCACCAUUUUUGAAACCUGUGGACGUGGUUGGUCUUGGUUUGCAUGACUACUAUGAGGUUAUUGAGAAACCUAUGGACUUCAGUACGAUCAAGAGCAAAAUGGAGGCCAGGGAUGGUACCGGCUAUAAAAAUGUCCGAGAGAUAUGUGCAGAUGUGAGGCUGAUAUUUAAGAACGCUAUGAAAUAUAAUGACGAGAAGGAAGAUGUCCAUGUUAUGGCUAAAAGCUUGUUGGAUAAGUUUGAGACCAAAUGGCUGAAACUCCUGCCCAAAGUUGAUGAAGAUGAAAAACUGCGAAAAGAAGAGGAAUCCGAGAUGCAACUCGAUCUGCAGCUCGCUCAAGAGGUUGUUCAUGCCAAAUUGGUGAGAGAUUUGGGCUUUGAGCUGGACAAGGUCGAUGCUCAUCUGAAAGAACUCAAAGAAAUAGCUCUUCAGAAAUGCAGAAAGAUGACGACCGAAGAAAAGAAACGACUGGGGACUGCUAUCACCAGGUUGGCACCCGACGAUAUCAACAAGGCUCUCGAAAUCAUUGCCCAAAACGAACCUACCUUCCAAACUGCCGGAGAAGUUGUGGAAGUCGACAUAGAUGCUCAGAGAGAGUCCACCUUGUGGAAAUUGAAGUUGUUUGUCAAGGACACUUUGCAAGCCCAAAUGAUCUCGAAAAACCCAAUCUUGAACAACAACACGGACAGUGGCGUUAUUAAUCCGGUUGGAGGUAACAGGAGAAAACGAGAGUUGUGUGAUGCCCUCGCCAAGAACUCGCACAAAAGGAGCAAAAAGCUCCAUGGCUAA